AAAGGUAAAAAAAAAAUUCAAAAAAAAUGAAGAAUCAACUAUCAAGAACCACUAAAAAAGUGGAGAAAUAUCUCCAGGCAAAAGAGGGCAAAAAAUGGCUGUAGCACUCUUGGGGAGUAUUUCCUUUUCCUCCUCCAUGCCUUCUAUAUCUUCCCCUUCUCUCCAACACCCUUUCAACUUCAACAAGCACAAACCUCUAAUUGUGGCUGCAAUGAGUGAUGAUCCAGUUCGUGAAUGGAUCCUUUCAGAAGGAAAGGCAACAAAGAUCAAAGGAAUCAGUCCAAUUGGUGGUGGGUGCAUAAAUCGGGCAACUCGUUAUGACACUGAUGCUGGUUCGUUUUUUGUUAAAACAAACAGGAGUAUUGGACCAUCAAUGUUUGAGGGAGAGGCAUUGAGUUUAAAUGCUAUGUACGAAACAGGGUCAAUCCGUGUACCAAAACCAUAUAAAGUUGGAUCUCUGCCAACUGGUGGCUCGUAUAUCAUUAUGGAAUUUAUUGAGUUUGGUGCAUCUAGAGGCAAUCAGUCUGCAUUAGGAAGGAAGCUUGCUGAAAUGCACAAAGCGGCAAAAUCUGAGAAGGGGUUUGGCUUUCACGUUGACAAUACUAUUGGCAGUACUCCACAGAUAAACACAUGGAUGUCAGAUUGGGUUGAAUUUUUCGCGGAACACAGAUUGGGAUACCAGUUGAAGAUGGCUCGUGAACAGUAUGGAGAUCCAAUCAUUUAUGAAAGAGGGCAAAGGCUAGCAAGGAACCUGGGACCUUUAUUCAAAAAUGUUGUCAUAGAGCCAUGUUUGUUGCAUGGAGAUUUAUGGAGCGGGAACAUGACAUAUGACAAGAAUGGCGAACCUGUGAUUCUUGACCCUGCAUGUUACUAUGGGCAUAAUGAGGCAGAAUUUGGAAUGUCAUGGUGUGCUGGAUUUGGAGGAGAUUUUUACAAGGCUUACUUUGAGGUGAUGCCUGAACAACCUGGUUUUGAAGAAAGGAGAGAUUUAUACAUGCUGUAUCACUACCUAAAUCACUACAACUUGUUUGGAUCGGGUUACCGAUCUUCUGCAAUGUCCAUAAUUGAUGACUAUCUACGGAUGCUCAAUGUCUAGACACUAUUUUUUUUUCCUCAUUCACUUCAUUUCUUGUACAUGUAAAAGCUUUUGUCUUUCUGUAGUUGUUGGCCAUUUUGAAGAGCCGUUUGUACAUUUAUAACUGUGGUACUCCUUCACACGUCUUGUAUAAUCAUUUCGACAGAAAAUGCCAUUUUUCAUCUAUUUCAAGUGAACAUAUGUAUUAAACUGA